AGUAAUAUCAUGAUUCAUAAACAUAACUAUUCACUUCAAUUCCCAAAUUCGAAACCCUAGCGACUCCAAGAAACCAAAAUCAAUGGCUUCAUCUUCAUCAAACUUGAUCUCUCUCAAAACCUCCGACGGCACUGUUUUCAAAGUCGAACGAGCACUCGCCAAGACAAUGAAAACCGUUCAAGCAAUCAUCGAAGAAGCCGACGCUAACAUCUACAUGAUUCCCAUCCACAACGUUUUCAGCCACCACAUGGACAUGAUCAUCGACUAUUACAAACUUUCCGUCGCCGGAAAGUCGAAAGAAUUCUCCGUCGAGAAACUUGAUAACGAUGAAUUGAAGGAUUUUCUUCUCGCUGUGCAUUACUUGAAUAUGGAAGAUCUUUUCGAGGUUCUUACUCAGGCUGUUGCUGAUCGACUUGAGAAGAAGAGUGUUGGGUAUGUGAGGAAGUAUUUUGGUAUUGAGAAUGAUUUUACGCCGGAGGAAUAUGCUGCUAUUCGGAAAAAGAAUGAUUGGGCUUUUAAGGGUGAUGACAUUGAACCUGAAGAAGACGAAGAAAAACAAGAAGAAUGAAAGAGGAUCUUGAAAUUUGUAUGUUUAAUUUGGAAUUAGGUUUUUUAUUUGGGGGGAAUUGUGAAUUUUAUGUUUUGAUGAUUUGAAUUUGAUAAUGGAAGUGGUUCUGUUUUCUAAUUUAUUUUCUAUUGUUCAAUUUAAUUGUUCUGAUUGUUGGCUGA